UAUCAGUUGUUAUGGAUGAAAGCGUAAUAGUGCUAAGUGGGGAUGAAGAUGAGGAUGGAAUCGGAUUCAAACCAACUCAAUCGAAUGUACUAAAUGACGAUAAUGACAUGAAAAUGACACGCAUUCAAGAUGAGAACGAUGCUGAUGGGGAGCCGGUGCAAUCCAGUUCGAGAUUUCUUGAUGAUGACAUUCACAGCCAAGCAUUCUUAGAAUUGAAUGAUGCUGCAUUUUUCGAUUUGGCUUCUUCAGACGAUGGAUCUAAUGGUUCUCAUGAAAAACCCCAAUAUGAAUUAGAUGAAAUACCUGAAGGCGGAGAUUUCGCAAACUGGUAUACCCAUGAAUCUUUCUCGCAGCCCGUACAAUCGUUGUCGAUACUCAAAGAAACUCAGCUAAUCACUAAUGAACUCGUAACAUCUUCAACUUCUGGUAAGAAAGCAGCUUCGAUAUGCAUAGCGCGCUCAGUUUCAGAUGGUCCAUGUAUGGACAAAAAGAGAAGAAAAAGAACAAAAGAUGAAGUAAACGCUGAGCAGGCUGCAAAAAAAGAAGCUAGAGAAAGGAAGAAACAAGAAAGGAUAGAAAGGAAGAAGCAAACUGAGCUUACGAAGCAGCUGACUAGAUUUGAACGAGAACUAUCUGCAGCGAAAAAAUCGAAAUGUGAACAGAAUCUGUUUUGUGUUAUCAGUCUAGAUUUAAUUGCUGCAGUAGAUAAUUUAGACGAACUGAUUACGGAAGUAUUCACAGAUCGCGGCAUCAGUGAUCAGCUUCUCUUCGAUGGCAUUGGGUUGACAGUUUGUUGGAAAAGAAGAGUUUUGGGGGGAGAAGUAGAAAAUAACGAAUUUAUUCGUAGCGAGAAGUUGAUGUACGAGAAAUUUUGCAUUUUGUCAAUGGAUGCGCAGCGCUAUGGGCAAUUCAAAUCAGCUGAAGAAAUUGCAGGAUUCAUUGAAAAGUGCCUUAAAAAGUAUCCAUUUCCAUCGCCACAACUUACCCUUGUUGUUCAUGGCUUGUUAAAAUUACGAAAAGAAAAAGUGGCAGACUUUGUUUUGGAGAUCUUUGAACGUUUUCGAGCUCAAACUCGCUUUGUUGUAACCACAAAAGAAUAUGCUAUGCUUAUUGCUCAUAUGCAUAGAUCCAUUGCGCGAAACGAAAGCCGACUGGAAGAACAAGUUCUGCCGAUUGUAAAUAUCGAAAAAGGUAUUACGGAAGGUGAUGAUUCAGCCAUUAUAUCCGAUUGGUGGAUGAAAAUGUUGAGCCAAAUGCAUCGUAUGGGAACCGAUGCACAACGGGCAAUUGUAAACAUGUUCCCAAACCCACAUGCUCUUUCGAAGUUAUUAAAAACGAUGCCAAUGAAAGAAGGGAUGAAAUUGUUAGCUGAUACGAAAACGGAACAUGGUAAAAGAGUUGGACCAGUGCUAGCGCGUAAAAUCUACUUGAUGCUUACAAGUGUCAAUGGUACCGAAAUCAUCGAUGAAAAUUGA